AUGCAAAAGUGGCUCGUUCUGUUCAGCUUCCUCGGAAUCGCUGAGGUGGUACGGUGUGGAAGCUACUACAUUCCAGACGCAGUGAAAGAUUGGUUCGAGGCGGUGGAAUUUUGCCAUGAAUUAGAGAUGCGAUUGGCCGUGGUCGAUUCGGCGGAAAAACAGCAUGCGAUAGUUGAGGCCAUACGUUCUUCCGAUGUAUUCAACCCGAACAGAAUGGAUCUUUGGAUAGGGGCAAACGACCUGGACCAGGAGGGACGGUUCGUUUGGCAGGCCACAGGUGAGGGGCUGGGCUACACUAACUGGAAACCCACCAUGCCCGACGAUCAUUUGUUGAACGAAGACUGUGUCCACCUGCACUACACACCGUUCAAUGAUUUCCAGUGGAAUGAUUACAUUUGCUAUAAAAAGUUGUAUUUUGUAUGUGAACAGUAG